GAAACACGAAAAACACGUACGUAAACAAAUAGACUUUUGUUUCUUACAAGCUUAAGACAAAUUUACGAGCUACCUCUAGUUAUUAAAUCAUUCUUGUUUUUAUAAACCAAUAAAAGAAGAAGAAGCAAAAAAGUUUGCCGGAGAUAGGAUGGCGAAAAUAUCGGUGGCCGUGCUGUUGUCGGUAAUGCUACUUGUCUCGAUAAACUCGGUGGAUAUCUUGGCCGAGGAAGAACCAACGGUUGGGCAGAGGGUAGACUCCGCCAUGACGAGUGUCACCGAUGCAUUCAAUGAACACGGCGGCCCACAAGCCGUCGACACCGUAUCAUCCACCUUCAAAUCCGUUUACGGAUGGUUCGGUGAUAAAGCCAAGGAAUGGGGAAUCCACUUCUAAAAGGAGGAAUGCACAAAAUUCUUUUAAGUUGUGGUGUGUUUAAUACCAAAAGAGGUCCCAAAUCGACUUAUGUGUAACUGAUUAUAUUUAUUUAAUCUUCAAUGCAUAUAUAUGUAAACGGUAACCCAAUCUCUUAAACAAAAUGCAUUAGCUUGAUUAUUCCUCUUAUCAUACCGCAUAAUUCUCAAGAAAUAUAUGUGCGACAACGUUUAGUUUCACAAGGAUGUGGCCAUUAUCAUACAUUACUAGGCCCAUUUCUAUAUCCGUUAACAUCUAUACCAAUGUGG